CUAAACUGACCAAAAUGUCGCCAUGUUAUGCUACGAUUUGACAUAGGCGACGUAAGAAAAAAAAAAUCACCUACAAAAUUUUCGAGUGCACUUUCAAGUUUCAGCUUUCUAUGAAAACAGAACAACCAUUUCACCUACAUGUAACAUGUUCUCACUGAAUUCUAUAAACACUCAAAACCAGAUUCUAGUUAGUUUUAGCCAGUUAUCGUCGCGUUAUUCAAGUCUAUUCAGACAUAGGAAGCAAAGUAACGCUAGAAACAAGGAUGUGAAGGGAAAAGAAGGUUCUACAGCUGUGUAUGAUGCAACAAUUUGUCUGGACAGUUUGGAAGAAUCUUUACGCCAUUUCGAUAAGAAUGCUUUGGCUGAGAUGCGGAACAUCGACGUAAGAUCCGUCGUAACGCUCGCCGGAUCUUCUAGAAGUGCAAUAAAACAGUUGCCAACCCCAAAAUCAGCAAAAAAAGUGUCCUACAUAUCGUCAGAUUCCUUUGAGAAAAAUAAAAAUGGUUGGCUGGAAUCCCCAUCGGUUACAGUUGAUUUCCGUGGAAAGAACACCAGAUUAAGCUUCACAGAUAACUUUGUGGGGCUUCUGUCAAGGAGUAUACAGAAUAAUAAGUUUAAUUAUAACAUUCAAGUCCGAGGUUUUAAGACAGAGAGAAGUAUUCACGCUGAUUUGAAGAGGAACCCUAACCUUAUUAAUAGACUGCGUAAGUUUCUGGGUCUAAACGUCGCUGAGCCCACAGACAAGCAAGCCAAUUUGAAUCCAGAUGUGGCUCCAAGACUGGAGAAACUGCUCAGCGAGCACACAGUGCUCACUCACCAGCAAAAAGACAAGAUUAAGAUUGCCUUCGCUGAGGGGUAUCUAGCAGGAUCGCAUCCAGACAACGUCCGUGGCACCAAAGCAUCCAAAUACCUGAAGUUGGUGCAACAGCUGCUGACCAUAGUGCUGUUCCUGGCCAUAUUCGUCAGUCUGAUGGCCUCCGUCAGCGGAACUGUCUUCCGGAUUCAACUGGGGAACCAGGUGGAGGUGGAUCCUGAAGACAUCUCCGUCACCUUCGACGACGUCAAGGGCGCUGACGAGGCUAAACAGGAGCUGAAGGACGUGGUGGAAUUCUUGAAAUCCCCGGAGAAGUUCUCGUCCCUGGGGGGAAAGCUCCCCAAGGGGGUGCUGCUGGUGGGUCCUCCAGGAACUGGGAAGACUCUGUUGGCUCGAGCGGUGGCUGGUGAGGCGAGGGUGCCUUUCUUCCAUGCUGCAGGGCCUGAGUUUGAUGAGAUUCUAGUGGGGCAGGGUGCUCGCAGAGUGAGGGAUUUGUUCAAGGCAGCUAAGGAGCGCGCUCCGUGCGUUAUCUUCAUAGAUGAGAUAGAUUCUGUCGGUGCUAAGAGAACCAAUAGUGUGUUGCAUCCUUAUGCCAAUCAGACAAUCAACCAACUGUUGUCAGAAAUGGACGGAUUCCACCAGAAUGAGGGUGUGAUAGUCCUCGGAGCCACCAACCGUAGAGAUGACCUGGACCAGGCCUUGUUGAGACCUGGAAGAUUCGAUGUUGAGGUAUCAGUUCCUAUUCCUGACUAUGGAGGUCGUCUGGAGAUACUGCGGCUGUACGUGGCCAGGGUGGCUGCCACCCCGGACCUGGACGUGGAAGCCCUGGCCAGAGGAACCACCGGCUUCACGGGAGCUGACCUCGAGAGCAUGGUCAACCAGGCAGCACUCAAGGCAGCAAUAGAAGGUGCAAAAACUGUGAGCAUGUCCCAUCUAGAGGAAGCCCGGGAUAAAGUUCUGAUGGGACCAGCGAGAAGAUGCAGAUUACCUGAUGAUGAAGCCAACGCCAUCACGGCCUGCCACGAGGGCGGGCAUGCGGUCGUGGCUUACUAUACUAAGGAUUCGCAUCCAUUACACAAGGUCACAAUUAUACCUAGAGGUCCUUCACUCGGUCAUACCGCAUACAUACCUGCUAAGGAAAGAUACCACGUCACAAAACAACAGCUACUAGCCAUGAUGGACACAAUGAUGGGAGGCAGAGCGGCGGAAGAACUUGUUUUUGGACCUGAAAAAAUUACUUCCGGCGCGUCGUCAGACCUCAAGCAAGCGACCUCAAUAGCAUGUCACAUGGUGCGCGAGUGGGGCAUGUCGGAGAAGGUGGGGCUCCGCACCAUGGAGUCCCCCAGAGCCAACCCUGAACAACUCGGACCUUAUACCAACGAGCUGGUGGAUGCUGAAAUUAAAAAGAUUUUAUCAGAGAGCUACGAGCGUGCGAAGGCGAUCUUACGCGCUCACGCAAAGGAGCACAAGGCGUUAUCCGAUGCCUUACUCAAAUAUGAAACCCUGGACGCGGAAGACAUCAAGGCAAUAAUGAGCGGCGACAAAGUGAAGUCGGACAAGCAGCGCACCAGCAAGGAGGCGCCCAGCACGCAGGGCUCCCCUGUGGGCUCGGGGCUCCUCGGCCAGCCCGUACCGGUGCCCGCCUAGACACAUUACAGAUUUAUCUCGGGCUUCCUUUCACCACCAACGUUAGACGCAGACGAACGGACAUUCAUCGGUCAAGUCUCGAAAUUGUACAAAACUAUAGAAAGAAUAGAAAAGUGACUUUGAAAAUUUUGCAGGCCAUCAAAACAUUCUUUUAUCACAAUUUAAUUUUUCAAUAAUAAAAAUAAGUAUAACACGUUGA